UUCUGACUUCAUUCAUUUUAAUUAGUGUUUUGAAGAUUAUGUAGCUAGCUUAAGGAUCAAAUCUUGGCUAUGUAUUUUAGCUUAGGCUCUGUAUUUAAUGAGUGUGUUGAAGUUGGAUCAUGGUCUAAGUUCAUUGCGUUGCUAAUUUUGACAGGGUUGAGGCGAUGUGAACAGGUUUACACAUCCAGUUCUUGCAUUAACCAAACACAACUUGACAUUGUCGUUGAAGUUAGUGUACAAAACUUGAAAUCAUUUUCUUCCUAUUUGCUUAUUUGCUUUCGCCGGGUAGUAGUUAGUUUAAUCAAUGGUUGUGAUGAAUAAUGGUUAGUGAAACUUCAAGUUGUGAUGAAUGUUUCUGAUAGUAGUUAGCUUAAUGAAUGCUAUUUUUUUUAAUGCUUCUGAUAGUUGUUAGCUUAAUGAAUGCUUGUUAGAGAUAGGUAAAAAAAUUUAAAAUGUAUGUUUAAAAUGUUCUAUUUUAUUAAGUCUUAUUUAAUAAAUAAAUUUUAUUUAAAAAAAAAAUUAAGAACCCCUAAGUAAGAAACUACCAUUGGAGCACACAUUUCUAAUAGUUUCUAAGCUAAAGUUUUUAAGUAAAAAAAGUACAAUCAAUUAAUUAAAAAGCAUUAAGAAACUCUUUUGGGGUUGUAGGGAUAAAGUUGCUCUUAGACACCUAACUCUAUUUGGAUAUCCAUGGAUUGUACAGCAGAGCAAAAUCUUCUUUUUCUACAGAAAGGAGUAAAGAGAGAAGACACUAAACUCAAUUUCUUAAACCAAUUCUUCAAUAGCAAGAGGUUUUAUUUGUCCUAGUUUAGUAGUUUUAGUAGGUUUCUUUUAAUAGUUCCCUCUCAAAAAAGUCAAGGAUAAGGAUGAAGUAAACAGUACUUCUAUAUAAUUUUGAAGUAUAUAUGCACAACCGAUCGAUAUCAAGAAUAAUAAUUGUCACGACAGAGAUGGAACAAAUAUGUAGACAUUAAGUUUUACAUGGUUACGACAAUGCUAGAAGUGGUGUAGUAGCCUAGUAGGUACACAAGUUAGGUACAAUCGAAAAAACAUCAUCAAAAGAUUCGCUGGUAAAUGUUAUAGUUUUUUUUUUGUUAUAGCUGGGAUAAAUUUUUGGUGCAUGCAAUUAAAAUGAUGAUUAAAAAUGGUUCAGUUUUAUUUGUCAACGUUGAUUUUAAGAACAAAAAUUAUUAAUUGCUUGGUUUUCCUUGUUUAAUUAACUAGACUUUAAGGUCGAAUAUUAUUUGGUAUGUCCAAUUUUUAAAAUAUCUAUAAUCAUUCCAAAAAAAACAUUUAGAAGUAAGUUUUUUGUUUUUUGCAAAACAUUUAGAGGUAACUUAAUGCACAUGCAAGAAGUCGCCUCAAAAAUAACGCAAGAAGUCGCCUCAAAGAUAAUCAAAUUAUAAAUACAGUAGAAUAUUUAGAUGUUUUGGGUAUUUUUCUAUAUACAAAAGCUCUAUUUUAAAGAUGAGUUAGCUUCAGACUUUACUUUUAAAAUGUUAGUUUUAUACAUUCUAAAUAUAGAAGAAUUUUUUUAAUAUAUAAGAAAAUAGUAAUAUCUAUUUUAGAGUAAAAAUAGAAAUGAAUUAAAGAUACAAAAUUUUAUGAUAACAUUUGAAAGCAAAUAUAAAAGUGAAUUAAAGAUAAUUUAACAAAAAUAAAUUACUACAUGCUUUUCUUCUUUGUAGAGUUGUUCAUGUGAUGGAAAAGUUUUUAAAUUUAAGGGUAAGUAAAAUUGUAUUCUAUCUACUUUAUAAAAUGUGUCAUUUUGUUAUUUUUUUCUUGUUACACAAAGAGUAUCAUUUUAGAAUGUAUUAAUCUUAUAAAUAAUUUAUUUAAUCUAAAUAUUAUUAGUUAAAUAGGUAUAAUUAAAUUUAAUAAUAUAUGUAUUUCAAUCUUUUGAUAUAUGUGAAUAAUAUUUAAAUGACACUUUUUACAAAAUUAGAAAAAAGUUUGCAAGUUUAUUUUGUGUUUGCAUAGUUUUACGGAUUAUCAGUAAAAACAUACUAGAUGAUAUAUUUUUUCAAAAAAAAAAAAACAUACUAGAUGAUAUGAUAAAAAGAUGUGGCAUGGUGCAAUGAUAAUGCAUGAAGAAAUGACGCAUCGCAUUGGAAUCAUGCUUUUAGAAAAUUUUAAAAUCAAAUCAAAAUUUUUUGUCGACAUCAAACCUUUAUUUAUUUGCUCGUGAUUUUUCUUUCACCUUUCCGUUCUUCACUGACCUUACCAAUACCUUCGUUACCAAAAUUCAAAAGGCAAUUGAUGUUGUUAUAUUUUAUUAUUUCAAAGUUGUAUGUGGCAUUUGUCAUUUCAUUUCUUGCUUCUUUAUAUGUGCCAUUGUCUUUGUGCGAAGACCGUACGAUUUCUUCGUACAAUAAUCAAAAAACAUAUUCAUUGAGACCUGAUUUUUUCCAAUUACGAUUCACCUUUUCCUUUGAUGUUUCUAAUUUGACAUUUCGUAAUAUAGCUUGAGAAGAAAAAACACGGCCAUACCCUGAAACCAAAUUCAUUAAAUGAAAAUAACCUACAAAUUCUUUUAAAAUUUAGCCUGUUUUUUUUGGCGAAAAAACUUGUAUGUCAAUAUGUUAAACUAUACAAUUGAAUAAAUAUGAUAUCGACGAAAAUAAUAUUAAAAUGAACAAUAUCUCUUCUGAUCUUUUUUUUCAAAAAAACCAAAACAAUAUUAAUAAGCCGAGUAAUUGGCAGGGUAACUACAUCAACGUGUAGCCACAAAUUUGGUCGUGGUGGAAUCAGUGAUAUACAUGAUUUUUUUUUACAAAAUAGUAAUAUUUAUCAUGACCUGCAAAAUUUAUUUCCCUUCUAGAAGAUAUAUCACAUAUAUAGGUAUCCAUAGAAAAGAAAAUAUCUCCAUGAUUUAUGUCACUAUUUAUAGAUUCCAUCUACAUAAAAAGAUGAGAAAUAGAAUUUUUUAACACAAUCUCCAAAGCCCUUUUCAACUGUCAAAGAUAAGCCACCUUCUCAUGUGGUUUUUGAAUCAUCCCUUGCCCAAUCAAUUUCCAGUCGUCUCCACUUUAAUUCUUACUUGCAAUCUUGAUUGCAUCACUUAAUAUACUUUAUCAUUUUAACAACUUCAUUAGACACGGUCAUGGCUUCAUGUGACACACUUGUAUUUGUAUUUCUUUUAACGAAAAAAUUAAAGACACCUUGUCAAAAAAAAAACGAAAAAUUAAAAGAAAGUUAUUUAUGUAUGGAGCUGAAUACUAUGGUAUAUUUGGAAGCUAAAGAAUGAUAAGCAAACGAGACUGAUAAUGAUUUAUUGUCUCAAUAUAUGCAUGAGACUGCAUCAAAAAAAUGGAAGAUCUGGUUCGAUGCAAAAUAUAUUGGAAGAUUAACCUGAGAGUGUGGAUGGCUCAGCUGACAGUGUGGCCAGUGGCGCAGGGAAGCAAUUAUGACUCCAAAAUAUACAGUUCGAUUGGAUUGUUGGACUCCAAGGAAAUCGAAGAGCCAUUUCAACACUUCACCUAUAAUUACUGAGCUUAACAAGGGCACUGAAAUGUCUGAUGAUGCAUAAAUAUUUUGAUAAGGUGGUAAACAUUUUGAGACGACCAUAGAUUUGGAAUUUCCAAAGAUUAAACUUGUAUUGUCUACAGAAGAUAUUUUUCAUAUAUUAAGUUUUGGAUGGUUCAACAAUUUGUCGAAUCAUGGACCUACAAAACAUUAUUUACUGAAAAACUUGUCAGCUUUCACUUUUACAUUGAACCGGAAAAUUGGUGUGUACACAUGUAACAACUAGGGUUUUGAGUUUUGACUCUAUCUCAUGGUAUCGGGAAACAAGAAAUCAGGGACCACGUCAUUGGUUCCAUGAACUAAUUUGAUAUUAAUGACAAUUUAAUUUUAAGCAAUAACUAAAAGUAUUUAAUUAACGCUUUAUAUCCUAUGUGAUGUUCCCUGUAAGUAAACCAUAAAGCCAAAAAGAAAGAAAGUGAACCAAAAAGCCAUCUCUCAACUUCAACCAUCCACAUGCACUUUGUGUUACCCAUCAUUAUAAGUUAUUCCAAAACCCAGUAAUUAACAUAGAUUAGCAGCUUUUUCAAAUAUAUUUUCUAUCUUACAAGUUAGCAGCUUUAGUUAUCUGUUUUCUUUUUCUUAGGUCACAAGAAAAAUAACUUGCAUGUACGUAUAAACAAACAUAUACAAGUGCAACACACGUAGGUAGAUUUAGUAUAUAGAAUAAAGUACUCGUAUAGAUUUUGCAGUAUCACGUGCGAAGUAUAUAUGAUUAGGUUUAAGUAGAGAUUACAUAUGCAUGGACGAGACUUUUGAUAUUUAACAUUUAAUACUUUAGAAAAACACUUUUUUCGUUCCUCCACAGUCCACAACAAAUUUUUUUUUGGUGUAAAACUACGAAAAUCAAAGAAUAAAAAGAAAACAAAUAGACACCUUCAGUAAAGUUACAGAAGCAUCAAUGGUCAAAGAUUUGUAGUGAUCUGUCGGUGCCUCCCAAUGCCUUUCCAUAUAGCACAAAAUCUCUUUGUGUCGCGAUGAAACGUAUAGAUCAGAACCCACUAAUUAAGUACGGGUUGUACAUGAUGAAAAGGUUCAGAAAACGCCUCACACUACGUACUAGAUAUGCUUAUUUAUUACGAAACUGGCCUCAAUUCAAAGAGUGCAGUUCUACCUUGUAUAUCGGUGCACCCGCCACCACCUGAUUUUCGGCCUUAUCGGUGGGGAGCUCCCACGUGGUAUUGCCGGAUGGCUUGUGUCAAGAACAAAAUAUAAACUAAAACUCUUCUCCAUAGUUUUUUUGUUGAUAAAAGAUUUAGUACUAUUAAUUUGUGUUGUCAUUAUUUAAAUAGUUUGGAUUGUUCUAGUUAUAUUUCUUGAAAUUGCCUAGUGAAUUUAUGGAUCAUUCCCGGGAUUAACGGAGAUUGCGAGCCUAAAAUUGGCAACCGGAUAUAAAGAAACGCAGGCCCGAUUGCUGACCUUAUUAUCUUGUGAUGCUAUUUACGAAAUUUUCCAUUAUGAAUUUAACAUCUUACAAUUCUUAGAUUUCUUUUCGAAUAUACGAUGAAGUUCAAAGUCAUUUACGCAAAAAAAAAAUUAACUCAUAAUUAGUAUUAGUAUAAGUAUAAAGUUUAACUACCUUCUUAGUCAUUUUCAUUUUCUUUUUGACUACUUCGGAGUGAUUCGGUCUUUUUGGUAUGUCAUUUUCUUUAUCUAAUCUAUAUCUAUUUUUUCUUCUAUAAUUCUUACAAAAAUAUAGUAAUACUAUUAUACAGUAAAUUUUGCUCUAAUGGUUUACUGUAUAAUAGAGUUACUCUAUUAGACCAUCUCUAAUUUAUACCUAUUUUUUUUUCUGUAAUUCUCACAAAAAAUAGAGUAAUUCUAUUAUAUAGUAAAUUUUGCUCCAAUAAUUUACUUUAUAAUAGAGUUACUCUAUUAUAAAAGAAAAAAUUAAGAGAUUUCAUUUUUUCACUCCAUUGUUGUUGUUUUACAUUUCUUAAAAAUUCAAACAAAAUCUACAACCGUGGGUAGACGUCAUCCUUUUUAUAUAUCAUUCCCCUAGUAUCCUUUUCUUAUAUAACUUCUUCUAGAAUUUUCUUGCAUUAUAUAUAAUAUAACAUUUCGAAACAAACACUGAAAAUUUAACAUAGAUAAACAAGAAUAUAAAAUUGAAAAGCAGAUGACAUUUUGACGGGAAUAAUAUCUUUGCUAAAUAUUAACAUGGUGCCGUAUCCAAUUCUAGUUAAUAUCUAGACCUUGAGGUCAACUAGUAGUGUUCCCUAUAUGAUAUAUAACUCAUUAGCAAAAUUUGAGUUUAACAAUCUAAGACGUCUGCUAAUAUUUGGAAGACUUUUUCUUUAUAAAACCAAUUAGAAGGAAACAUAAAGGUGUUCACACUCAACAAAAUGUUAAUUAUACACUCAUUUGAUUUUCAUGUAUGAUAAAACUUAUAACAAAUCCAGCAAGAAAGUAGGAUGAAACUAAACUACGUGAAGGCAACAAACUAGUAGAGUAUAACACCACGUACACGGGUCAACCAAUAGCAAUGGAGUCCAGCUGUAAUGGUCCCCAACUCUUGAUCUCCACUUCUUCUUGCCGCGAUACCGCGAGAAGUUCUGAGGGAAUGCCGUUUUUGGGUGUGUACCGGGAAACGGAAGAUAGUGUAACUUAGGGUUUUAUAAAAGGGCUUUUGGGGGAGACAACUCCGUUAGAAACUACUGCGGAUUAACCGGAUAUUUCAUUAUUUCUUGUUUCACUGUCCUGGUCAACCGGGUAAAAAUCCCGUUAUAAAAUCUGUGCCCACAAUUAUGCCCGUUUUGUAUCUCUCAUAAUAAGGUUCUGUUUGCAUUUCAUCUCUUCUGUUAGAUUAUUGCUCUUUAUGUUUUUUACUUUAGAAAAAAAGAAGAAAUUUAGUUUUGCCGUAGUAGUAUAAUGUUUGUUAAAAACUUAUAUUAUUUUGAAAAUUGAAACUUCAGAGUGUAAUCACCCCAUAUAGAUCGAUUUAUAAUAAGAACUGAAAUUUUGGUUACACAUGCUUUAAAAAUGUUUAAAAUGAUAGAUAUUUUUUUGGGAACAUCUCCGUUUCAAAGUUUAAAAAAAAAACUGAAACUGAACCCAAAUCAAACAAAAUCGAAACCAAAUAGAAUGUAAAUAAAAUCAAUUUUGUCACAACAAAUGAAAUCAUGUGUUCUCAAUUUUUUUUAUAAAUGCUAUAUAGUAGUAUCACAGUAGCAAAAGGGGAAUAUCUAAUGUAUUUUUUUUUUGCUAAGAAUAUCUAAUGUAUUUUAUCAGCUGAAAAUAAAGUGGGCGAAUCAGAGAGUACCACUAUAUAGUUUGAAUGUCCUUAAAAUAUUAAUCAAUGCAUUAUGGGUAUGACCAUUACAAAAUAAAAAUAUACUACUACUUUAUACUGAAACUAAAUAUAAUAGUUUAAAUCAAGUUAAACACGAAUAGUAAGCCGUGCACUUAAAUCCUGGAUAUAACAUACGGUUAUUUGACCUUUAUACCCUUCGACAACGUCUUCACCAUCUUCCUCAUUGCCUCUCUAUAUAUAUCAACCCUGUCUCUCCCAUUCUUCCUCACACCCUUAAAGCUCUAAUACCAGACUAAGCUUGCUCACCAUUCUCACUCUUCUUAGACUCUCUCUCUCUCUCUCUCAAAUUAUCCCAUUUCCAUCUCUAAAACCAUAAGAAGGUCAAAAUUAAACGAUGCCUGAGGCACCAGAGCUUGCAGUUUCGGAUCAGAUUCUCGAAGAGAAGAACAAAAACAAACUCCAAUUCAUCGAGGAAGUGACCUCAAACGCAGACGAGGUCCAGAGACAGGUUCUUGAGGAGAUCCUUUCACGCAAUGCUGACGUUGAGUACCUCAAACGACACGGCCUCCAAGGACGAACCGACCGCGAGACUUUCAAACACGUUAUGCCUGUCGUAACCUACGAAGAUAUUCAGCCUGAUAUCAACAGAAUCGCUAAUGGAGACAAAUCCCAAAUCCUCUGUUCAAGCCCCAUCUCCGAGUUCCUCACCAGUUCUGGAACAUCUGGUGGAGAGAGGAAGCUGAUGCCAACAAUAGAAGAGGAGCUAGAUAGAAGAUCACUUCUCUACAGUCUCUUGAUGCCUGUGAUGAGCCAGUUUGUUCCUGGUCUUGACAAAGGCAAAGGAAUGUACUUUCUCUUCAUCAAAUCCGAAUCCAAGACGCCAGGUGGUCUCCCUGCUCGUCCUGUCUUAACCAGUUACUACAAAUCUUCCCACUUCAAAAACAGACCUUAUGACCCUUACACCAACUACACAAGCCCAAACCAAACCAUCCUUUGCCCUGACUCUUACCAAAGCAUGUACUCUCAAAUGCUCUGUGGUUUAUGCCAACACAGUGAGGUUCUUCGUGUUGGCGCUGUCUUUGCCUCUGGUUUCAUCAGAGCUAUCAAGUUUCUUGAGAAACAUUGGCCUCAGCUAGUCCAUGAUAUUAGAACCGGUACACUUAACUCGGAGAUAACCGAUCUUUCGGUUCGCGAGGCGGUCGAGGAGAUUCUUAAACCGGAUCCAAGGCUUGCGGAUUUCAUCGAAACCGAAUGCAGGAAGACCUCUUGGCAAGGGAUCAUCACUAGGCUUUGGCCAAACACAAAGUAUGUGGAUGUGAUUGUGACUGGGACAAUGUCACAGUACAUUCCAACUUUGGAUUAUUACAGCAAUGGUUUGCCUCUUGUUUGCACAAUGUAUGCUUCUUCCGAGUGUUACUUUGGUGUGAAUCUCAGGCCGGUUUGCAAACCAAGCGAGGUCUCUUACACUCUCAUACCGACUAUGGCCUAUUUCGAGUUCUUGCCGGUUCAUAGGAAUAGUGGAGUCACUAGUUCCAUCAGUCUUCCAAAGGCACUCACUGAGAAAGAACAGCAAGAGCUUGUUGAUCUCGUUGAUGUCAAGCUUGGUCAGGAGUAUGAGCUUGUCGUCACCACCUAUGCCGGAUUGUAUCGAUACAGAGUUGGUGAUGUCCUAAGAGUGGCUGGUUUCAAGAACAAUGCACCUCAGUUCAGCUUCAUAUGCCGCAAGAACGUUGUCCUAAGCAUUGAUUCAGACAAAACCGACGAGGUCGAACUUCAGAACGCAGUUAAGAACGCGGUAACACACCUUGUUCCGUUCGAUGCUUCACUCUCCGAGUACACUAGCUAUGCAGACACAUCAUCUAUCCCAGGCCACUAUGUCUUGUUCUGGGAGCUUUGCUUGAACGGUGGCACGCCGGUUCCUCCCUCGGUCUUGGAGGAUUGUUGUUUAACCAUAGAGGAAUCACUUAACAGUGUCUAUAGACAAGGAAGGGUCAGUGAUAAGUCCAUUGGACCGUUGGAGAUCAAGGUAGUCGAGUCAGGGACUUUUGAUAAGCUUAUGGAUUAUGCGAUAAGCCUAGGGGCAUCGAUCAAUCAGUACAAGACACCGAGGUGUGUGAAGUUUGCUCCGAUCAUUGAGCUUUUGAAUUCUAGGGUUGUUAAGACUUACUUCAGCCCCAAGUGUCCAAAAUGGAUCCCUGGUCACAAGCAAUGGGGGAAGUAACUAAUGAGAUAACUUUGAGGAAAAAGAGACUAUGUAUGAGGUAGAGGCCAACAUGAACUGUUUUUGUAAUCAGAUGAAUAUCGAGAAAAGUGUUUAAUCAUUUUGUCUGUCUAUCUAAUUUUAAUUUCAAGCUUAAUUUUAAUUUUAUUGCUUUGCCGUU